GUCAUGGGGCGGUACUCGAGUACCACAGUAAUAAGCGCGACUUGAUUUUUGUCCCCCGGAGAUAAGCCGCGAUGAUCACGCAAGAUUGGCGAGCACAGGCUGCAGACGUGCGGUGAGCAGAACCGAGAUGUCUGGGAAUGCCGGAAGAAUUCGUCUGGGGCCUGGGCGAAGGCCUGGGCGGGCGCAGUUGGGCGUGUCCGUGCCGCAAUGGACAAGCUGUUGGCGGCAUCUUGCAGCCAGCGAACGAGAUGGCAAUCUGUCUAGUGAUGUGCUAGCCAUGCAUGGGGGCCUGCAAGUAUCCAUGCAAUGGCGGUACCUCGUGCAGAAUUUGCUGCCCGAAGCAGUCAGGAAUAUGGGGCUCAUGGAACGCCACGAGCCAACCGCGCAUCGGUCGUCAGCGUGCGUGCAUGGAAUGACUUCGAGCCCUCAAGGCUGGAGCCUGUGCCCGCAUCCCCCAGAACCCAGCGCGCUGGGGAACAUGGGCCAGUUGGCUCCCUGUCAGGUCUCCGAACGAGCCGGCUUGGACCUUUUACCUUGCGCGCAUGGCCACCACGAGGAUGGCCCCGGACUUUUCCAACAAUUGACAACGCCUUGCGGGGAUCGACGACGGCCGAUGGCACAACCAGGGGCCGGGGUCUCGAUGCGCCAGUCCUUAUUCAAUCUCCCCUCCUGCAUUCUUUUUCUUCUCGGGCUCAGGUUGGACAAGCUAUGUGCCUUCCCGCAGCUCCUCCGUGAGAGGCUGAGUGGGGAUCUGUCUCAGAGGAUGGCGCCGUUUAUUCUCGACGAUGAUCAACAAAGCACGCAGGAUGCCCAAAACAGUCCCGCCAACCCCCAUCAUGCAGCCGAAGACGCCGUGGAGGUGACGAAGGCCGGCGAGGCGGCGCUGGUUGACCGCGUCGACGACAUAUCGGUAGCACUCGAGUGGAAGUUGCUGCUUCCUUUACUUGCGCCAGGGGCCGAGGACCCACAACCAGACGACAGGCGGCCUGUUGCUACGGCACGGUGCCGUGACAGCCAGAGGGCAUGGCUGGAGCAGGGCCACGAGUGCAUAGCUCAAACAAUCAGGGACACCGGUGAGCAGGCGGUCACCCUGCAUUCCCUCGUCAACCAAGGGGUCGAGGAGAAGGACUUCUGGGGCUCCGGCUGGGUGGUCAAGAAGGCGAAUUCGGCGGAGCCGCUGAGCGAGGAGAAGUCUCUUGAGGGUUAUCUCUGGGUCCCGGUCGAGGUCUGCUCGCCGAAGAUGCGGCUCAGGGACGCGGAAACUCGAGAACGGAUGCUGAGGGUUCUAGGCGGGUUGACCGCGAGGCACCGGCUUGUUGCCAACUGUACUUGCGAGGUUCACAUUCACCUGGGGCGAAUGGAUGGCCGACCUUGGUCAUUAUCGACGCUGAAACGACUUGGGACGCUCCUGUGGGUGGCGGAGCCGACAUUGCGGAGCAUCAGGGACCCCAGAUCGCCGAACUUCGACAACACGUACACCUGGGGUUUCGCGUUGCAGGAGCGCAGCCGGCUCGCAAAGCGCAUGGGAGACUUGACGACAGCACCCAGCGAUGUCGAGGCCAUUUCGGACCAACAGGUCGUCGAAGCGCUUCGGAGACAUGCGACAGAUUCCUCAGCCGAUGUCACCAGCGCUUUUCUUGAAGUAUGGAAGACAUCGUCUCACCUCCAGCUCGGUCGACUGCUCUCGGGUCCGGAGAGGAGGUACCGGAGGCUAGGCUUCAACUUUAGCGCGUUCGGUGAAGAGGAUGAGCGAGCCAGGCGAAAUCCCCGGACCAUGGAGUUCCGAAUGAUGGACGGUUCGGUCGAUACCCGCUUGAUCCUGGGAUGGCUGGCCAUCUGCGGCAUCAUAGCCGAGGCUGCUGUUGUGCGGUCUGAUGGUCGUUUCUCUGCCGCUCUCGACGUAUUGCUGCACAGGUCCGACGAAAAGCAGCCUUCCAUGAGUGAGACGCCGGCUAUGCGGCGGGCAGGAGAGUUUCGGGAGCUGAUGCAGGCUUUGGGCGUUCAGGAGGAGCAUUACCGUGGGUUUGAAGACAAGAUCAGGCGAGAGCAUGUUUGAUUACUAGAGUAUUUGCUUUUGGUGAUUGGUUUUUAGAUUCCGGAGGCUGUGUGGAUUAUUUCAUGCGCGCAGGGACCGAUCUGAAUUUCAAGUAAGGUAGGUACGGUAGUAGCAGCACUGCAGAAUCGGAAGAUGAUGAAAGAGGAGCAGAGACCCUGACGCCCAAGUCUUGAAGAACACCUGCCCUGAUUCCACCAUACUUCGAAAUUGAAUCCCAAGUAAGGUAGGGUUGGUAGGGUAGGACGAGAGCACUUCUUCC